CAUCUUGAGUGAAUCUGAGAAAAAUAUCUGACGUUUAUUUUUGUUAUAAUUAUUCUAGAAAAAAUAUCAACAACGUUAGUCAUUUCCACUUAAUAUCACUCAAACGGAAAGUCAUGAGCCGCGUGUCAAACUUUACAGCAGAUAGAUAACGGUGGCCUGGAAGUGAAAAACAGUAUAACAAAUUGUGAAUCACUUUAACAGUUCACGAACCCCAAAAAACAAAAGAAGAAACACAACAACAAAACACUUUGGCAUUUCACAAAACACAAAAAUAAUAGUGCUUCGCUUUUUCCACGCAGGCAAAUGACAAGUGACCCAACCCGGACGAGUGACGCACACGUGAUGGUGUGCUUUACCGCGACAUUUUGAUUCCAGAUUGAGACAACGUGAUAUUUUGUCCAUUUUGCGGUCAACACCUCAGGUGCUUGACACUGUUUUGCUUUUCAUGUGGUCACUUUUUAGCGUGUGGCCGAUGUCUACCACAGGAGUGCGUCAUAUAUUUUAAAGAAGGCCACUCGUAUGCUGCGAUUGUUGACAUGAUGUCAUGCUUACAUGGCAUACAGAUUAGUUUGAGGUCUCUGAAGAGCAAAUUGAAAGAGGCCGGGUUCUAUUGCAGAAAGAUUUACUCCUCUGAAAACGCCAUUAUUCGGGCCAUUCGAUUGGAAUUUCGGGGACCUUUACGGCUGUUUGGCUACCGAACGAUAUGGCAAGUGCUUAGACAAAAGUACAAUUUGCAAAUUAAAAGGGAUGGCGUGAUGAAGAUGCUAAGGGUUUUUAAUCCUCGAGGCUGUGAGAGGAGAACACCUCGAAGAUUUAUAAGAAGAACACACCACUCCUUGGUACGUUGACGGUUACAACCAACUAAAGCCAUCUGGGUUGGUGCUUUCAGUUUACAUUGAUGGAUUUACACGUCGAGUUUUGUGGUUCAUGUGUGGAGCAACAAAUGAUAACCCUGCAGCGAUCACCCCCCAUUUCCUGUCAUGUGUGGGGAAUCUCGGCGUGAUUCCCAUGAGAAGGAGAACUAACUGUAGUUCGGAGAACGUAACCAUAGCUGCGAUUCAGUGUACUUUACGCCACCGUCUUAAUGAUUACUUUUUUGGAGUGUCCAGUCACAUGUUUGGGUCAACAAUAACCAAUCAGCGGACUGAGUCGUGGUGGUCUACAUUCAAAAAGGGAAAGUGUCAGUUCUGGAUGGAGCUGUUUGCAGACCUUCAAGAGGCUGGAUACUUCAACGGGAAUCACGAGCAUCAGUGUCAGUUGAGAUAUUGUUUUCAUGAUCUUAUUCAGGAGGACUUGAAUGAGUGCGUGAGACUGUGGAACAGUCACAGGAUUCGCCCUUCCAGAACAGCAUCCUGUCCAGGAGGCAUCCCCAAUGAACUUCAUUACCAACCACACAGGUUUGGGUCCAGAGACUGUGGGUUUAAAAUCAAACAGACUGACCUUGAUAUCUUUCCUGAGGCUCCUCACCUGUCAAUGACUCCUUGUGGUGACCCCAUCAUGCAGGAGUACUUUGACUCUGCCAUGGUGGACAGAAGCCAGCGCGCUGGGAGUAUGCCACUGAACAUUAUUUCAGACUCAGAGUGAUUUCUCAGUUAUGAGUUAAAUUAGUGUUUACAGUUAUGGUUACCAUUUUUUUCUUAACCUCUGUACCUUAAAAGUAAAUUGAAAUGAAAAAAUAUAUCGGGAUAUUUUUUUGUUGGCCUUCCCAUGUAAUUUGUUUACGUGUGUGCAUAUAUAUAGUAAUUUCAAAUAAAAACCAAAACAACAUGCAGCAA